AUGGCUAGCAUCGACUCAUGGGCAGACUUUGAGACAAUCCGUUCAGGGAUUCGAAACAAUACGGUCGACAGGCUCAAGCAGCUCAUCACCGGCUUGAAUGAGGAAUGCCAUGCGCAUCUCUCGAAGACGGGCAAAAAGCAGGAGAUCAUCGACAGAAUUCUGUCCGUUUUUGAUUCUUGGAGGGCUUCGAACACCCAGGACAAGUGGCUGAAGGCGAAGAACGUACUGCAGCAACUGCGCACCACCGGCCACUACAGCCGAUUUUCUUCCACGAGCACUCCUGCUGCUGCCGUCCCACAAACGUCGAUGUCUGUCAAUCAGUUUAGUAAUAACAGACCAGCUCCUUACAAUUCCUUGACGGGUACCUCCACGACCAUUCCUCGAUACGAUCCAUAUGCGCCACCCCACAAACUGUCGACGCCUAGUUCAUCCGCGCCGAAAGCCUCCAACCUGCAAUUCAAAGCAUCGCCCUUCUACAGUCAAGAUCACGUCGUCACCACAGUCUGCGAGUGCCCAGAAUCAACGGGCAGCACGGAUAGAAAGACGGGGAAACUCAGCUUCUAUCUGAGCCCCGAUCAAACCGCCAAGCUAAAGCAAAGUUAUCAAAUACGCUUAUUCUGUACCUCUUCGCUCUUUUAUACGCCACAACCAGCCGCCUUCCGUACCCCCACCACCACUGCCUUGUGCCCUAUCGAGUUCCCCCAAACAUGUGAAGUUCGCGUGAACGGCGUGUUGUUGACGGCGAAUCUCAAAGGGCUGAAGAAGAAACCUGGGACCGCUCCUCCUCCUGAUAUAUCGAAAUAUGUCCGUGGUGGUAACCUCCAAAACAAUAUUGAAAUGAUAUAUGUGAACAGCCAGACGCCUCCCGCUCAACCCAAGAAAUACUAUCUUGUCGCGUUGAUGGUGGGCGUUACCUCCGUUGACCAGUUGGUGGACAGGUUGAAGAAGGGGAAAUACAGGAGUUGCGAAGAGAUUCAGCAGCAAAUGGCCGCGACUUCGCAAGACUUCGACGACGUCGUAGUCGGCCCUCUAAAGAUGUCUUUAAAGUGUCCACUCAGUUUUAUGCGUAUAAACACCGCUUGUCGCUCUAGCCAUUGUGUGCACCCCCAGUGUUUUGAUGCAACGUCUUGGUUCUCCAUGAUGGAACAAACCACGACAUGGCUAUGUCCUGUCUGUGAAAAAGUUCUGGAUCCCGCCGACUUGAUUAUGGAUGGCUAUUUUGAUGACAUCUUGAAGCAAUGUCCCGACAGUGUUGAGGAUGUUAUGGUCGAAGCAGAUGGAGAGUGGCACACGACAGACAACAAAUAUGCCUCCGCUGGUUGGAAGAGCACGCACGCACCAAUCCCCCCACGUGCUCCUUCGCCGCCGAAAGUCCAAGCUGCUGUCAAAGCUGAACCUUCGGACGGGAUGCUGCGCAUACCCAGGCAGGAGGAGAUAUGCAUCCUCGACUCAGAUGACGAAGACGAAGGCCAAGUCAAACGCGAACUUUCGCCGUCUUUCGCGAGCAGAUCGUCCCUGUCUGCCGGGCAUUCCCUGGCUUCUUCCGUUCCUCCGUCCCAGACUGGUGAUGUCAUCGAUCUCACCUUGGAUUCGGAGGAUGAGGCGUCCCCCCCUCCGACCGUUGGGCAGAAGAGGAAGACAAUGGACACGCCCCGCUCGCCGACGGAGGAGAUCUGGAAGAAAGGGCGUGUUGAGGCAUCCCGAACGCUUGUCCAUCCCUUCGAUGUAAGCCCAAUCCCCCUUCCAGCCCGUAUUCCGAACAUAACCACGCUUCCACCCAUCGAUUAUGCAAUGACCUACCGGGGCACCGGAUAUCAGGGCCAGCCGCGAGGAGCAGGAAGUAGCCAAUUGCCUUUUAAUGCCAACUUUGACGACUUUUCGCGCGCGCCGAAUGGGGGACAGUCGAAGAAUCGAUGGCAGUAG